ACAAUAGUCGAAACAGCUGAUGGGCCCCAGCUGAUCGUUCAGUAUUGCGAUAUACACACACAAUCGUGCAUGCAGCAGCGAAGUGCUGAACCAACCGUGAAGUUCGGCGCUCGCUCGCCAUCAACAACCUACCUUUUCUUUGUUGCACCAGUAGAAAUAUUGAUGUCUGGAUUUUAUAUCUAAACGUCUUCUCAUUUUACCGAGCAGAACCCAAACCUAUGAGAUCUCUUUGUGGAAUAAGUGCCGAUGUUUUCUAAGAGUUAUAGCAGUUGAUUAAUCAUUUUUGUCGCGGACGAGCAACAAAUCAAGUCAAAAUGUGUUGCUUUUUCAAGAAUUCGUGGGGCUGGUUGGUGACUUUUGCAACCUUCCUCCUCAUAAUGCCCGUUACGGGUAUCCUGAGCAGUUUUGGAGUCAUCUUUGUGAAAUUACAGCUCGAAUAUGAUAUAUCCGAUUUUGCAUUAGGAUGGAUAGGAUCAGUGGCCUUCGGGAUAAUGUUCGCAGCAUCGCCGAUCUCGACCGGUCUCUUCAAGCGUUUCGGACAUCGUAAAGUCGCCGUAGUUGGCGUCAUCCUGUGCAGCGCAGGUCUCCUUCUGUCGGCUGCCGUACCUAACCCAUACUACCUCUUCGUCACCUACAGUCUCCUCUUUGGUGUCGGCAGCAACUUCAUUGACAACACAUCACUCAACUUGGUCGGGACAUACUUCCCAAGGAAGAACAGCGCCCGUGCCUCCUGUUUCGCCACACUCGGAUGGAGUAUAGGUUCACUUACUUUGAAUCCCGCUGUCGAGCUUCUGUGCGAGAAAUUCGGCUGGCGUAAAACCUUCAUCAUCCUCGGCUGUUGCCUCUUAGUUCAUGGGCUCCUCUGCGCUUGCCUCUUCAGGAAGAAGGUCGACUACGUUGAAAUUGCAAUCUCUGAAGAGGAAGACGCAGAAGACAAGGAAGAAUACUACAAUGAUGACGAGAUCAACACGGUCGACGACAAUGUAUUCAAAUCACAGACCAAUGGGUAUAUCCCAGUAAAAGGAAGCUUCCAACUUGGCGAACCCGUUCUCCUCAGCACGCAGUUGUCAACCAUCGACGAAUCCGCACUCAGUAACGAGAAUAUCAACCAAAAUUGUCACACAGGCACGGCACCAGUAACGAGAAAGGAGAGCGUGACAUUCGCGCCUUCAACUCAGCUACCGAACGAUGGGGAAGAAGGGCUCCAGCGAAACGAUAGCAACUUAUCACAACUGUCAAGUAACGGAUCAAGAAGCAGUGGGUCGAAGGGACGUCAGGGAAGCAGCAACUCAGGGAAGAAUGAUCAGAAUGGAAGACGGGACGGCUCAAUCACCAGGAAAGACAGCACAGGCAAGAUGAGGAGAAACAGUUCCAUGAACAGACGGGACAGCAUUGUUAGUUUUAUCAGAAGAGAUAGCACAUGGUCAAGGAAGGACAGUAUAAGGAUUCCUGUACCAGACAACACGCCAAAGCACACAACGAAACAGUAUAUCAAGGCUUUCUUGCACACCAUGAAGGCGCCUGGUAUCUUGUUAUGGGGCUUGGCCAACAUUCUUAUGAACAUGUCACUCAUCUUUCCAUUUGUUAAUUUUAUAAAAUACAUGGAAACGAUAGGCAUCCCAUCAGCAAAGGGAGUCCAUGUUUUAAUGGUCUUCGGGUUGUCGGAUAUGAUCGGCCGUGGUGGUUCGGCCAUCUUCGGAGAUUACAUCCCUUUCCACACCGUGUAUGUAUACCCGAUCUGCAACCUUAUCAUGGGUGCUGUGACGAUGUGUCUUCUAGUCAUUGACACCAUACCUGGACUUUAUGGCUACGCUAUAGUUGUGGGUACGCUGACGGGAGUUGUGAAUAGCAUGCUGCUCAAAGUAUCAAUGGAUCUUUUUGGUCACAAGCUAUUAGCAGAGGCAUGGACAUGGACUCUACUAUCCGCUGGCAUCGGUAUUACAUUCGGCCCUUCAAUAGCAGGUGCAUCAUACGAUUUAACGCAAUCCUUCGAUGUCGCCUUCUACAUCGGCGGCGGUAUCUACAUCCUAGCAGCUGUCGUCACCCUCGCUAUCCCCUUAGUCCAGAGGUGGAAAAAAUGGGUACCAGAGAAGCAGAGCAAACCAGGACUCGACGCCCUGCCCGAAGAUGCCAUCCCCGAGAACUUGAGGCGUCUGUCCAUUAAGCCAUUGGAGGACUCGAAGGCGAAAGCGGAACUGCAUAAACAGCAGACGGAAGAGCUUGAAAAGAGUGCGAAACGGCUGGAGGAGAGAUUGACCGUUGUUUAGAUGACUCCUUGACUGUGUUGUUUUUUAAUACAUCUGUGCGGGGAGAGCGAAAUGAGCGCUCUGAGAAAAGAAACCUCACCCGAUCGAAGCGCUUUCGCAUAUCUACCACCGUCUCUCUCGCUUCGUCUUUUCUUUAUUCACGAACAACUCGCCAAAGUUUGUCGCAAUAUUUAUGCUAUCCUGUUGGUUGUAUAUAUUGUAUCAUAGUGAGAGAAAGAAACGAAAACAAGCCAAUCAAGAAUAAGAGCAGUCUUGAAUAAUGCCUCAUUUUCAUGAUGCCUUUUUAUCGACAUUUUUUCGUGGUAUUUAAUUAAGAGCACAAAAAAGGGGUUUUAUUCAACCCCAUGCUAUCUGUAAUUUUUUGGCAGAUACAACAAUGUGUGUGUGUAGAAUUCCGUUGACAUCUCAAAUGCUUUUAUAAAAGAUGGGCCUUACAAAUAAAAUUGCGUCCGUCUCGGUAUGGUUUUGUUCUAGAAGCAGAUGUGGACUAAAAUGGAGAUGAUCAUGCAGUUGAUUAUUGUAAUCAAUAUGUAAUAUAUAUUGUGUAGAUUAUAUAUAAGCAGCGAAAGUUAUAUUCUUCCUCGGCUAUAUUCAAACCAAUGCUUAGGGAUUAUAUUUAAAUUGUAAAUAAAUUACAAAUCAAAGAAUAUUGCUAAUGUAUAAACAAGCAUGCAAGUGUCCGAAAGUGGAUCAUUUACAAUGCUUAUGCUUUAUUAUAUUGAUCUACGAAAGAUAAUUCUCAGUUUAAAAUUUAGCUCCUUUUGAAAACGGAUUGCAAUUGUUUUUUUUAAACUAAUUUUGCCUUACACAUGAUGCUCUGCAAAUUUUGUCUUUAUGUUUUCAGCUGUCACCAUGAAACCUCAUCAUUGUAAAGCACAGGUCGCACAAAAAUUGAGUGCUCAUUGCGAUUACCGUAAUUAAGACGCAGUGAUUAAGUUAAGCAGCAGCGCUCUCAGGAAAUUCUCAUGCAGAUCAAGCGUCGGCCAUAAUCACCGGCACUGCGACUACUUGUGUUUCUCCAAAAGGACGCCGAAUCAAGAAAACUCUUCUACAAGGUGUGAAAAAAGCGCAUUGCGACCUAGACGAUGCCGUUGCGUUUCAUCAGAUUUUCCUAAGACGCUGUAGGCAUAUGUAAUGCCAGAACGCCAAAGUAAUGGUCGGACCCUUCUGAAAGUCUUUAGCGACUGCAUGGGCAGAAAUGUGAUGGAGUUAUUUAAAGAAGUCAUAUCUUGAGUUUGCAUGCUAGGCUUGUGCACUACUGUGCCUCGGGAUUUAUACAUCACAAGGAAAAUGAUAAAAUAGCAAAUUUUUAAAUCAAGAUGUUAGUCCCUCCCUCCUUUUUUGUUCAGCAAGAAUUUUUUUUGUCAAGCAAAUGAAGUAUAAACAAGGACUUCGUGAUACUAGAAAUAAAAGCAAAGUCUACCCCCCCCCCCCAUCCAGUUUUUGGCCGAGAAUAUUUCAUUUUUGCGCAUUGUUCUGUGCAUCGUUCAUAGUUUUUUGUCCUGUCAUGUAACUGUCACGGUGGAUUUUUCUUCUCUUUUAAAAUCUCGAUUUGUGGUUGGACAAACACUGUGAAUCAAGUGUUUCUUGUGUAUAAACCUUCUGUGAGAUAUAUACUUUAAUCAUCAUUUCCAGUAUUGUAGACAUAAUAUUUAAAUUUUCACUGUUUAGGCGCACACUAUUAUAUAUUGCACUUUCCCUCAAAGAAAAAUCCACUCAAUAUAACAGAUUAUAGAUAAUACAAAGUCAAUGUAUGUAGUAUUUAUUGUGGUUUAGUUUUUAUUAUUCCGUUCAGUAUCGUAGAAAUGUCCUAUUGAUGUUAAUAAGACUUGUGAUUAGGAUAUUUUCAUAUAUGUCUUGCCACUAUUAGCAGAUUACAAUUUAUAUCAUAAUUCCCCAAAAUUGUGAUCGUUGAGCAUACCAUUUGAUCAAAAAACCAAAAUUUUCCAUUCGUUCUCUGUUUUCGUUUUUUCUCUCUCUCUCAUCUGAUAGAAACUUGUGUCAACUCGAAGUUACUUUAAUAAAACGUUAAUUGAGCAAAUUAUUACUGUAAUUAUGAAAAUUAUAUUAGGAUUUCUUCCAUUAUUUCCCUGCGGGUCGUUAUGCAGAAUGUUCAGUAUUUUCAUACAUUUUCGAAGUUUUUUUUAAAAAGCUGAUAACGUCAUAUAGGCGCAUUAACGGGAAAGGGCUCAUUCAAUAUAAGAGAUUUGAAGAAACCAACUGAUGCAUUUUUAUGUAGAAUUAAGCUAGAUCUUCGAAUGAAAUUUUGUAUGGAGUUGACGAGUAUCCUACAUCAACAUGAUUGUUUUCAAUGAAAAUAUAGAUGAACACAGGCCAGACUUUGUCAUUGUGCUCUACUCUAUUUCUGAAUAUAAGUACCCACUUUACUGUUGCAUUAUUUUCAUAUAAAAAAAAUCAAUUCACUAGUGUGGAUGAAAACAAGGAUACAAUUAAUGUUUAUUACGUUCGUCACGGACUUGACCUUUCCGAAAAUUAGCCUCCGGCGUUUUCAGAUUAUUUGAAAUGUGAAGGCUUCUUCCAUGUUACCUAUAAUUACACUACAAGUAAUUAUGUAUAUCUUUCUAUCUGUCAUGAGAUACGGUAGAAUACAUGUUACAUGAUAAAAUGCUGUUAUGUCGAGCAACAUUCAGGUUACCUUUUGUACCAUUAUAUACAACACGUGCUUGAACUCUCAUAAGCAAACAUACCUCUCAUGUUUAUGUGUCACGUGUUGCAAUGACGUCAAUAUCAAGUAUACAUGUGUAUCGUGUGUAUAGGGAGUUGUUUGAGUGAUUGCCUAUAAACAUGUUAAUAGUGGGCAAAUCCUGUGAUGAUACCACCUUCUCUCUCUUCUCUCUCUCUCUCUCUCUCUCUCUCUCUUCCUCCCUCCCUCCCCUUCACUCCCUCCCCUCUUUCUCUUCUCUGUGAUAAAGAGUUAAAUUAUUGUUCACAUUUGUUCAUCAUUAUUGUGAAUUGCUUAUCAAAUAUAUUCAAUACCUCAAUACAUAAUAACUCACUAAUAUCAUAUAAUAAUAAUUUUUAUUUUUUCGUGGCAAGCGUUAGAAAAGUAUUAUAUGUAACAUGCAAAACAUGGUAUAGUAUCAGUCAGUUUGUCUGAAGUUGUAUGAACGGUAUUACGUAUUUCGUGCGUACAGCACAUUGUAUAGUAUUCCGCUAGACAGGUUUCAAAUUAACAAUAUUUGGCUUAAAUAUAUACUUCGGGACGUCGUGUACAGUGGAUAGGCUAGGCAAUUUGUCCGUGUGUAGAAGCACGGUGAUUGUAAAACAGUAAUUAUAAUAAUAGCCAGCGUUUCUUCAUUAUCACGUUAUAUAAUAUAAUGUUGAUUCAUGUUGAUUAUGUACAUGACAUGAAAUGUACAUAAUUAUGUCUAGUGUUUAGCAAUUUCCUGACAAAAUAGUGCCUUGACUUGUGGCCGAUCUGUUACUAGCUUAUGUUCCGUAUUGACUUGUUUACGGUAGAUGACUAUGACCGUACUAUACUUGUUUUAUUCUUGAUAUGUCGAUAUUAUGUGAAUACUCGUUUAAAAAACAUCAUAAUUUACUUCUUUCAUGAGAAAGAAAACUAUAAAAAUUAAAAAAUCAAAUUAAAAAAAAA